CACAGUUAAGGUUUUUGGGCGAUCAAGCGUUUCGUAGGAGAAAAGAAAUUCAUGACAGAGUUCAGUUGACUUUUCUCUUUCUUCUUUGACUCUUGGAUGUUUUUAAAAUGUCCGGGUUUCAGGAUCUUUCAGAUUCUCCUGAGGAGGCCCAAAAGCUUGCAAUAACCAAAGAAGAGGUUUCUCCUAAGCAAAAGGACAGCGGCUACAGUCUGAACCAGCCGAUUACGGAGCCUUCACACAUUAAAGAGGAACCAGAAGAACUGUGGAGCAGUCAGGGGGGAGAACAUCUUCACUGGCCAGAGAAUGCUGCUAUUAUCAAGUUCACUUUGGUUCCUGUCCCUGUGAAGAUUGAAGAAGAUGAAGAGAAACCUCAGUCCUCACAGCUUCAUCACAGACAAACUGAACAGAUGGAAACAGGAGCUGAUGGAGAGGACUCCUCUGGGGCUGAGACUGAUGACAGUGCUGAUUGGACACAGACAACUAGACACCUGUCAAGUUUAACUGCAGAAGAAAACAUCAAAAAUAAGAGAAGAAAGACGAAAUCACAUUGCUGCUCUGUGUGCGGUAAAAUAUGUAAACAGAAAGGGCAUCUAAUGGAACACAUGAGGAUUCACACAGGAGAGAAACCCUUUGGCUGCUCUGAGUGUGGUAAAAGAUUUUCCUGGCAAGGAGUUUUGACCCAACACAUGAGAAUUCACACAGGGGAGAAACCCUUCAGCUGUUCUAAGUGUGGUAAAAGGUUCUCCCGACAGGGAUUUGUGUCCACACACAUGAGAACUCACACAAAAGAGAAAAUCUCUGGUUGCUCUGAGUCUGAUGAAAGAUUUACCCAGACCAACAACAUGUUAGGUCACACAACAGAGAAGCCCUUUCAAUGCUCUGAUUGUGGUAAGGGUUUUAGUCAUAAAGACAAUCUGAUCAAACACAGGAAAACUCAUUCAGAAGAGAAACCCUUUAGCUGCUCUGAGUGUGGUAAGAAAUUUAAGCUUAGACAUCAUGUCACAUACCAUAUGAGAUGUCACACAGGAGAGAAACCCUUUAGUUGCUCCGAGUGUGGAAAAAGUUUUAAUCGCAAUGAAAAUCUGACCAAGCACAUGUUUUUUCACACGAGAGAUAAACUACUUUCCUCCACUGAGUAUAGGGAAGGAUUUAGCCUUAAAGAUCAAGUGAUUAAACCAAUGAAAACUCAAAAAACAGCAAAACUCUUCAGCUGUUCUGAGUGUGGAAAAAGUUUUCACCGCAAAAAUAAUCUGUCCAGACAUAUGUUUGUUCACACUAGACAGAAGCCCUUCAGCUGCUCUGAGUGUGAUAAAAAGUUUAGCCUAAAAACUACUUUGACCAGACACAGGAGAACGCAUACGGGAGAGAAACCCUUUGACUGUUCUGAGUGUGGUAAAAGAUUUACCCUUAAACAUCAUCUGACGGUUCAUUUGGUAACACACUCGGGAGUCAAAGCCUUCAGCUGCUCAGAGUGUGGUCAAAGAUUUACCUUACAAAGUUCUCUCUCCAGACAUAUGCUGGUUCACACUGGACAAAUGAGAGAGGCUCUUUAACCACUCUAUGUGUGUUAAAGGACUUUCUGAAAAGUCUCAUCAACACUUGACAGAACUUACAAAUAAUUUUGCAGCAAUGUUUUCCUUGGAUACAUCAGUGAGCAAUGCACAAGUGUUAUGACAGUCAAACUUCAGAGGCUCUUCAAAACCUAAUCUAGGAGGAAAUGGAAUCAGAAACAAGAGCUGAUGGAGAGGACUGUGGUAGAUCAGAACCAGAGAAAAAGGCCAAGACUGACAGAUCUUCUGAACCUGAUAUCCAAGACUGUGAAGAUGACUGUAAGGAGAUCAGAGAACAUCAGUAAAUUUAAACUUUGAGAAAUUAUGAAUGCCCCUUGGUGAUAUGAGCUGGUACACUGUUGAGACACCACUCUUGAGUAUCGUGUAGAUAACCCAUAUCAACAUUAAAUGUUAUAUCUGUUGCCAAUGAUUAUAACUGUUUUACACUUGUCUGAUUUUUGACACAAAACAUUCACUGUUUAAAGCUUUUACUGAAAAAAGCACUUUAAUGCCCAAACUCUAACAAGAGGGCCAUCUCUCCACAAAACCUCAGUUUUGCCCCCAAACUUGCAGACAUGAUGCAUAUUCUGCCCCUUUCAUUUUUUUCUUAUUCUUCCAACUUUUUUUUAAUAUGUGUAUUGAAUGAAUUUAA